AUGGAGAACUUCUCACUCCUCAGCAUCUCUAGACCUCGCAUCUCUUCCUCUGCCCUGAGUGCUUUUCCUGAUAUCAUGUCCUCGCUUGCCACCAGCUUGCCAGACUUGGGGGACACCCAGAAUGGGGAGCAGCUGAGGCGGAACUGCACCAUCUACCGGCCCUGGUUUUCCCCUUACAGCUACUUUGUAUGUACAGACAAAGAGAGCUCCCUGGAAGCCUAUGGGUUCCCAGAGGUGGACCGGGAAGAGGGAAGAGGGGACAACUGCCUUAUUGAGGAUGUAGCUGAGAGUGUCUGCUCGUCCUCCUCCUCCCACGAGAACACAUACCCCAGGGAGGCCAACAGUAAAUCCAAGCAUAGCUUGGAUUCUAUUACAUCCCAGGACAUCCUAGUGGCUUCCAAGUGGCACCCAGCCCAUCAGAAUGGCUACAAGUGUGCAGCCUGUUGCCGCAUGUACCCCACUCUACACUCCCUCAAGAGCCACAUCAAGGGGGGCUUCAAGGAAGGUUUCAGCUGCAAGGUGUACUACCGAAAGCUCAAAACGCUCUGGGGCAAGGAGCAGAAGGCCCGGCCAGGAGAGAGGAUCUCCUUGGGCAGCUGCCAGGCCUUCAAGUAG